AUGAAGGGAAUCCUGGCUAGAUUGGAGGAGCCGAAUGCUAAGAGAAACGAGAAGUCAACCUUGAUAGAAUUACCCAAGGAGAUCAUCUUCGACAUCCUUAUGAGACUGCCGACAAAAGCACUUUUUGACAUCCGUGGCUUAUCAAAGACCUCUUUAAACAUAGUUGAUGACCCAUUUUUUGCCACGCUGCACACUCAACGUUUACUUAAUUCUGCUACUGCUCCCGUUGAAGUAGCUCAACUUGUGCUUUUUGUUCAGAUUUGGUCCUUUGAGGAUGAGAAGUGCUUAACAGCCUUGCAAUCAUUGAAGUACAAUAUUGACAAGCACCGCUUGAACAAAAAUGAAGACACUAGUAUGAAGAUCUUUUCCAAUGAAGAUUAUUAUGAAGUAGAUUUUGUUUUUGGCAACGUGUUUGGUUUUAUAAACAAUUUGGGGAGACUUGGAUAUCCAUGCUUACUGGUCAAUCCUUUGAGAGGAGAAGUUCUAGAAGUCCCAAUGAAUGACCUCGUUCCAACCGACCACACAAACUGGGAUGAUAUAAAGUGGUAUGGCAUGGGAUUUGACAGUAUAACUAGCACACAUAAGAUUGUUUGCAUUGCUCAAAGUGCAUCAUUCGGAUACGUGUUGGAAAAAUACCAUGCACAAAGGCUUUUUUCCAUUGAAAUUGCUAACCCCAUAUGCAGUCUCAGUUAA